AGCAGUUUCCGAGUGACGACCGACAACGGCGCGUUGCGGUAUGACCCGGAACAUCUUCACUCCCUCCAUGUCCUUGCAUUGACAUCUCAUCUCUAUCAUCUUUCUUGUGGCCGUAGCCCCACAAGCCUUUCUAACCAUGUCAACUGACCACAGCAUCCCUUCUUCCACCCUUGACGCAAUUCACGUCAAAGACAUCCGCGUACCCGUCUACAUCAGAUCAGGAUCCGCAAAUGAGCAAGCUCCAGCAGAGGGGACUGCUCUCGUCACCAUCACGCUUUUCCACGACGUCUCAAUAGCAGCAGCUACCGAUGAACUCUCCUACUCGAUCAACUACGCCGAGAUCUACGAGAGAGUACGUGCAAACUGCUCCGGAAAGCACUACGCAAACCUAGGCGAACUGGUCGCGCAGGCUCAUGCGCAGGUCGCAGACUCUCUGGUUCAGCCUACCCACGUCAAAAUCAGAGCAAAGCAAACGAAGAUAUCUGAGGCAUCCUCUUUUACGUUCGAGCUGGAACGGGACUCAUCGACGACCUUGACGGCCAAACAUACGUUCAGGUUGGAAGGCAUUACCUGCUCUACGAUCAUAGGGGUAAACGAGAGCGAGCGUCACACGAAUCAACCAGUGACGUUCGACAUCACAGUACGACGUCGACUGGCUGAAUCCCCAAUCGACUUUAUAGACUUGAGCGUAUUGACUCGUACCAUCAAAGAGCAUGCUCGUGGGACGUCGUUCUUGACGCUGGAAGCACUGGCAUCGUCAGUCGCUUCACGCGCUUUACAAACCCUUCAUGCCGACGACGAGAUCACCGUCAAGGCAUCAAAACCAGAAGCACUCAGCGAAGCUGAAGCACCUCAAGUCGAGAUUUCACGCCGUCACCAAGAUUUCCCAGCCAUGUUCCCUCGGGGUCCUGAACCCACACCUGGGUUCGGCAAAAUGACUACCCUUCUAGCAUCCGUGUCCCCUAUAUCGAGCGCGAAGAAGAAGCUAGCCACCUCUGGGAUCGCGCUAGGCUCAAAUAUAGGCGACCGGUUCGCGAACAUCGAGACCGCGCUUCGGCUGCUCGAACGCCCGGCAUCAUUGCUCGACGAUCUGAAAUUAGAAGGAGAAGGAGAAGCCGAAGUCGCCAUCGUGAACACGAGCUUUAUGUAUGAAACGAUGCCGAUGUAUGUCACUGAUCAACCUCGCUUCGCCAACUGUGCUUGCGUGGUCGAGACCAACCUCCCACCGACAGAGCUUCUCAGGCUUCUCAAGAAGAUAGAGGUUACCGUGGGCCGUGUCCCCUCCAUCCGCAACGGACCGCGAGCAGUGGAUCUUGAUGUUAUACUGUACAACUCGGAUAUCAUCGAUACGCGGCCAUCAGACGCGAGACGCAAUCUGGACAACCUCGAAGGACACCUCGUCGUCCCGCACCCACGGAUUGCCGAGCGAUGCUUCGUUCUCCAGCCCCUGGCCGAUAUGAUUCCCGACUUCGUGCACCCGGUGCUUCGCAAGCCUAUCGGAACGUUGUUACGAACUCUCGAGUCGGCCCACCCCGAGGAUGUCUCCGCAAUGAUCAAGGUCAUGCCCUUCCCGCAAUACCCACUCGCGGAAAACGGGUCCCCGUUGAAUAGGGACUUGCCAGUUAUCCCACCCACGGCGAGAUACUGGACCUUCGGACACCCUUCCAGCAGGACGUACGUCAUGGCCACGCUGAACGCUACCCCCGACUCCUUCUCCGAUGGAUCGGUGAACAAUACGCUUGAUGCGGCCAUGGCAUACGCCACGAAGGCGAUUGCCUCGGGGGCGGAUAUUAUCGACAUUGGAGGGUACUCCACGCGGCCUGAUGCAGCGUUUGUCUCGGACGAGGAGGAGAUCAACCGUGUCGUGCCCAUCGUCAAGGCCAUUCGUGCUCAGAAAGACACGCCAGACGUAGCCAAUGCUCUCAUCAGCAUUGAUACCUUCCGCUACACCGUCGCUGAGGCUGCCGUGCUCGCUGGCGUUAACUGUAUCAAUGAUGUGUACGCCUUUGGUGGUCCAGAUUACCCCUUGAACCAGGCUUCUGUACGACACUUUGCUCAGUUUCGUCGGGUAUCUCGUGAUCUUGGUGUUCCAGUCAUUCUUAUGCACUCACGGGGCGAUGCCGGUUCCAACAAAGACUACAGCACCUUCUCUGAAGGUGUUCUGGAGGGUGUUCGGCGCGAGCUAGGCGAUAGGGUAGACGCCGCUGUGACAGGGCGAGGAGGCAUCCGCCGCUGGCUCAUAAUGCUCGACCCUGGCAUCGGGUUCAGCAAGACUAUCGAGGGAAAUUUAGCUCUGCUUAGGCAUGCUUCAUCUCUCACUUCGUCUGUGGAAGGCAGCACCCUAUUGGGCUAUCCCCAACUAAUAGGCACGUCGAAGAAGUCAUUCCUAGGCAAGAUCUUGGAGCGCAAGGACGAUGAUGGCCCAUACGCUGGGCGGGUGACGGAGGCCAGAGAGCGAGGGUGGGCUACUGCUGCUGCAGUGACGUGUGCCGUACAGCAAGGUGCUGCUGCCAUACGUGUACACGACGUGCAGGAGAUGAAGGAUGUCGUCGUAGUCGCAUCUGCAAUAUGGAGCUAAGUGCGCCGUAUGGGC